AUGAGGAUGGAGAUCUACGGAUGUCCAGGUAAUGUUUUGAUCACGCAUAGAGGCUCUACUCUAUAUAUAUUUUCCAUUCAUGAGGAACUUUAACUUAAACAGAGUGAAAUUCUCAAGUUAUUUUCUUUAGUUUUUAGCAUUAAUCAGUGUUCUUAUUACAAAGCUCUCGUUUCUUUUCGUUUUGAAUUAUUACAGCGUGCGCUAAACCACUUGGUAUGGAGAGCGGCGCCAUCUUGGAUGCACAGAUUACUGCAUCCUCAGAAUUUAAUGGAAAUCAUGCUGCUAAGCAAGGCAGGUUGAACUUCCUAGCCGUCCCAGGUAAAGCAGGAAGCUGGUCAGCUCGCACAAACGACGUCAAUCAAUGGAUAGAAGUAAAACUUCCCGGAUACAAAGGAUAA